CAUACAAUGCGAGAUCAAGUUCUUCUUUACUUCACACCUACCAAAAUAAAUAAAUAAAAAGGAAAAAGGAAAAAAGGAAAAGAAAAGAUCACCCUUUUUUUUCCUGUCUGGUGUUUUUUUGUUGAAAGGGUGUUUCUGUGACAAAGAUUAUAUAUUAUAUCUAUAUAAGACCAUGACAUCCUGUUCAGCAUUUGUUCUUUCUUGAAGCAUUCCUUAUUCUCUUAAAUCAAUCAGCUAUGAAGUAGAGAGAAGAAGAGAGAGAGAAGAAAAAAUGAGUGUAUCAUUGACUGUGAUGACUUUCAAUCUCCAUGAUGAUGAGCCACAUGACAGUCCUAAUACGUGGGAGAAGAGAAGAGAUUUGUGCAUAAGCGUUGUUACCAAUCACUCACCCAUCAUCCUUUGCACCCAACAAGGAGUGAAAACACAAUUGGAUUUUCUCCAGCAGGGUUUGCCAGGUUAUGAUCAGUUUGGGAUAUCACGAAAAGGGCCCCAAGACACUACUGACGAGCAUUGCACCAUCUUCUAUGAUAAGGAAAAGGUCGAGCUUCUUGAAGGUGGAACCUUUUGGUUGUCCGAGUCUCCCUCUGUUCCUGGAAGCAUUUCAUGGGGUUCUGAAGUUCCUUGCAUUGCAACAUGGGCUACAUUUCAACUGAAAGGAGUUGAGCCUCCUGGAUUCUCAUUCCAGAUAGUAAAUACAAACAUGGACGAGUUUAGUCCUCGUGCCCGCCGGCGAAGUGCUUUGCUUACAUGGCAGCACAUUGCAUCCUUACCCCCUAGCCUACCAGUAGUGUACUGUGGAGGAUUUAAUACACAAAAGGAAUCAACUACUGGACGCUUCCUUCUUGGAAGAUCAAGAGAACAUGGUGUUGUUGGUGAUAUGAGGGAUGCAUGGCCUAGUGCUCGUAGGAGAAAAAAUGUUGACCUAAUCCGUACUUAUCAUGGCUUCAAGGGUGACAAACAAGGAACCCUUGAAUUCUUGAAGCUAAUUUUUAGAGCUCUUUGCCUCUGCUGGGAUCGCCAAACACAGGAUCUUCACAUUGAUUGGAUCCUUUUCAGAGGUAGAUCUCUGAUUCCUGUAUCUUGUGAAGUGGUAAAUGAUAACAUUGAUGGGUAUUAUCCAUCAUCACAUUUUCCUAUAUUUACCGAGUUUAUGCUUCCUCGCACUGUAAGAAUGCUAGAAUCACCUGUACAAGAAGAUACCUAAUAUUUUUUACUUCCCUCCAUCAUGUCUUUCAUAGUGUAGUGUUAUUGAGGAGAAGAGUAUUCAAGUAUGAAAAUGUGGACACAUCAUUAUCAGCAGAAUUUGUUAGGAUCAUCUGUUGAAACACAUAUUUCAUUUGCUUCUGAUUUUAGAAUGUUGUGAUAUUUAUGAUGUGUGAUGUGAGUCUGUGGCCACUCCAAAAUGUGAAUGGAUUAAAUGACAUCAGAAACUAUGUUUGUUUAUACAUUCAUAGAGUGUCUGCAUUUUUUCCUACCCAACCACCCUCUUCUAUUGUCUAUUCAACUAAUUCAUACAACUUUGUCUUCAAAGUUUGAAAGUGUUUGCUGUUAAUGUAUUCAGAUUCUUCAUAUUCUAAUAAUAGCUAUUCCUUUUAAUUU